GGGCGCUGCUCUGCCGCUCCCGGACCCUUCUGCACUGUUAUGACCAACCCAUUCGGAGUCCCGCCCCCUACGGCCGCGAGCUUGCUGGGGGACUCUCGCGAGAUUUGAGUUCUUCCCAGGCGCAGCCUCGCGAGAUUGGGCCCGUCAAAGCUCGUCUCGCGAGACUUGCGACGGAAGGCGGGCCGCCGGGGGGACACUCUCGCGGUGCUUGGCGGCCCAGCCGCCGUCAUGGCCGCCGCGGAGGGGCGCUUGGUGCCGGAGGGCCGGGCCAGCCUGGCCGCCUUCCUGCUCGGGGCGUCGGUGGCGGCGCUGCCGCUGCUGCUCUCGGCGCCCCCCGCGCUGCUGGCCGGGCCCGGGCUCCAGGGCCGCGCGGCGCUGGCGCUGCACGUGGCGGGGAUCAACGCGCUGCUGCUGCUGCUCUACCGGCCGCCGCUCUACCAGAUCGCGGUCCGGGCCUGCCUCCUGGGCUUCGCCUGCGGGUGCGGCUUGCUGCUGAGUUUCGGACACUCCUCCUGGGAGCACUUCGGCUGGUAUAUGUGUUCCUUGUCACUGUUCCAUUAUUCUGAAUAUUUGGUGACAGCGAUCAAUAAUCCCAGAAGUUUGUCCUUGGACUCUUUCCUCCUAAACCACAGUUUUGAGUAUACUCUAGCUGCUCUCUCUUCUUGGAUAGAAUUCACAGUUGAAAAAAUCAUUUAUCCAGAAAUGAAGCAAAUCACCUGGCUCAGUACAGUAGGGUUAUUGAUGGUGAUCUUUGGGGAUUGUCUGAGGAAAGCUGCCAUGCUCACAGCUGGCUCCAACUUCAACCAUAUUGUUCAGAAUGAGAAAUCGGAUACUCAUACUUUGGUGACAAGUGGGGUGUAUGGGUGGUUCCGGCACCCGUCUUACGUGGGAUGGUUUUACUGGAGUAUUGGAACACAGGUCUUACUCUGUAAUCCCGUCUGUGUUGUUGGCUACACUUUAGCAUCCUGGAGAUUCUUCAGAGAGCGAAUAGAAGAGGAGGAGUUUACGUUAAUUCACUUCUUUGGAGCGGAGUACCUGGAGUAUAAAAAGAAAGUGCCAUCAGGUCUGCCUUUUAUCAAGGGAGUUAAAGUGGAACUGUAACACGUGAAAAAUCAGACUCCCUGAGCGAACAUCCAGCUCCAGGCAUCAUAUGGAAAGGAACUAUGCAUAGCACUAUAUCGUGACACGUUUAGGAGUAGCCAGUCUUUGUUUACGGAUCAUCCAUUGGAAACUCAUUAAAGGCUAGGCAGCUGGAACACCUUGCACAUAAACUAGAAGCUCAGUCAAGAUAGGAGUCCUUCCUAGAUGCAUAGAGGGAUCUUCUGGAUUAUUUAAUCUAUAGUGAUCCUAAAAUGAAGCAUAAUGCUUGUGAAAAGAUGGCUCACUCUACCUACAACAGCUGAGUUGUACUGAAACAUGUUAACAGAUUCUGUUGAAGAACGAGCUAUGCACUUCCUAGUAACAACCAUUGCACUAGAAGGGUGCUGGUUGGAAGAUCAUAUUUCUCUGGUGAAACUUUUAAAAUUAAAGCUUUUUGCCCUUAAAAAAGCUAAACAGCACAGCUUUAACCUCUCUGGACCUGACUCCACAGGUCUGCAGUGUGUGGAACUCCCACUGAAGUCAGUGUGGUAAUAUCCUGUUUGGAGGGCUUUCAGAACCCCGCCCCUUUUAUUUCUGUCUUUUUUUUAAAUGCAUGAAUUUACAUACUGUUUUGGGGAUAUGCUUACCUGAAAGACUGGCAGUGCGGCACAAAGCACUGUCUCCUAAUAUAAUGUUAAUAGGGGGCUCUUUCAAUAUUCAAACUUUCUUAAAUCACAAAUAAUCUUUCAUUAAACACCAUGAAAGCUCAGAUUGAAAACUUAACUCAGUUGUUGUGUCCCAUCAGUUACCUAGUGCCAUGAAUUUAAGUUUCAUCAUUUUGUCAUUUUUCCAUAGUCCUCAUGGCAAGAGUCUGUCCUGUCAAAUGGUAAACUUGCUUCUGUAAAACACAGUCUUCAAAAUCAUGCUGCAUUGUAUCCUAUUUAAAUAACUUUAGUUGAUAGCUCUUUCUCUACUCCUAGUUCACUCAUGAAAAUAAGUUUAAUUCAGAGAAAUUACAGGUUUGUUCCUGUUUUUGUGAAAUGCAGAGAAAACAAUAGCAGGCAGACUUGCAGUAGGCCUUAGGUAGUAAGAUCCUUGCCUGGUUCUAGAAUGCGUCUUGGAUGUUUCAUCUGUACGAGAAACACUUCCAGAAAAUAUGCUAAUGCAGGGAAAUAUUUUUCUGAUUAACUGAUAUUCUAAAUAUUCCCCAUUCUGGAAAUUAUUUGUAUUCAGUUUUUGUGGUAUAAUUUAUUUCUGUUACUAUAUACCAAAGAAGUUCACUAUUUCCUUGAUUCUAGAUAGACUCUUGCUGGAAUGAGAAUUGUAUGCUGGCAAGUAAUGGCUUGGCUUGAAGUAUUCCUUUCAUUAAGGUGCUGUAACAUAGUUCAGGAAAUAGAGCACUGGAAGAAGCUGCUUUUGUAAAGAUGUUGCCAACUUCUGUUGGGUUGUAAUUUAGUAAAGUUCUUUUGUGGUGCUGAUGACUAUAUCAGUAAUUUGGAAUGUUUAAGUUUACAAUUGAAAUACUACUGGGAACACACUUUGAUAUUAAAAUGAGGCAUGUACCAAGCAAGUUGGAAGUCAAAUUCCUAUAGACCUGCAUAGGAAGGGAUGUAAGGACAAAUUGUUAAUCUCUUCUCUCUUCCAUCAUGUGAAAGCCUUUUCCUACCCAAGUUAUGCCUUCAAAUUCCAGGGCACCUGCUGCAUUGAAUUCCAGUUAAAAUACCCACUGUUA